GCAAGCUAGCUCGAGCUGCCCCCUGGAAAACGGAAAUGUUCAAUGUGCACAGAGUGGCUUGCAUAUUUCACUCUGACAUUUCACUACCAUGUUUUCCAACAUGGUAGUGGUUAGGUAAUGAUGAGAAUUUUGUUUCUUUUUUUUGUUUGUUUUUUGUUUUGCUUUCUUCAUUUUUCUUUUGGCUUUCUUUUAUUUUGUUUUCUUUUUACUCUUUCCUCCCUCCUUCUUUUCUUUAUUUCUUUUUCUCUCCUUUCCUUUUCUCUUUCUUUCUUUCCUUUUUUUUUUUUUUUUGAUAGUGAAGGAGGAUUGGAUUGGUCGUUCUCAGAACAAGGAGCUGGAAUUGAUGCACAGAUCAGUAGUGUCCUUGUUGGAGUGGCUGUGGCAUGAAUUCCUUGGAGAUCUCUGGAGAAAACAGAAAGAAACUGAAACGGCAUGAAUGAAUUAAACCAGCCAGAUUUCCCAUGGCUUCCUCAGGAGACCCUAUUGCUCUGAAUAAGAUGUUCUACCAGCACUGGAGAAAAAACUCUGCCUUUGUUUUCCACUUUUUAGCUUUCAACAUAACUGAAAGAGUUCCCCAAACGCUGAUCUAAGUUAAUCAUCUCUGAAGAGUUGCGGACCCACUAAGUACUAAAACAAACCUUUCUUCUAUGUGAGCCAAAAAAAGAAAAACAGCUUGCCAAACACCUGUAAAGAGAUGGCUAUCGUCACAUGGGAAUUUGAGGAGCUGCUAUAUGGCACAUUCACGAUCCAAAUGGGAGAGGAUCAACUGUUGUGACGUCCCAGAAGGCCUUAUAACAGAGUAAACAAGAGGAAAAAAUUUUAACAGCUUGUCAUCUGUGCUUGCACACUAGAUUUGCAUGUAGUUACUAUAAACAAAUCCCAAGCAAGCAGGCAGAUAGUUCUUUGAAAAACCUCCAAAUCAUGUGUAGAGGCUCAGAUCGAUGCAGUAACAAGGUUAUUUUAUACUCAGUUUCUCCAACCUAUCGAUGAUCAGUCUUUUAGAAAGAGCAGCAUUUGAUUGUGAAUUUAGGUUCUGAAUCACCAUUUGGCAAAGACAGUUUCCCCAGAAAUAAAUAUGCCUGCUAAUGACACAUGUGCUGGGCCAGAUGGAGACAAUACAGAUUUUCGAUACUUUAUCUAUGCAGUGACAUACACUGUUAUUCUUGUGCCAGGUCUCAUAGGGAACAUAUUAGCCUUGUGGGUAUUUUAUGGCUAUAUGAAAGAAACCAAACGGGCUGUGAUAUUCAUGAUAAACUUAGCCAUUGCUGACUUACUACAAGUUCUCUCCCUGCCACUAAGGAUCUUUUACUACUUGAAUCAUGACUGGCCAUUUGGGCCUGGCCUGUGCAUGUUCUGUUUCUACCUGAAGUAUGUCAACAUGUAUGCAAGCAUCUACUUCUUGGUCUGCAUCAGUGUGCGACGAUUUUGGUUUCUCAUGUACCCCUUUCGCUUCAAUGACUGCAAACAGAAAUAUGACCUAUACGUCAGCAUUGCUGGCUGGCUGAUUAUCUGCCUUGCCUGUCUGCUCUUUCCUCUCCUCAGAACCAGUGAUGACACUCCAGGCAACAGAACCAAAUGCUUCGUAGAUCUUCCUACCAGGAAUGUCAAUCUGGCCCAGUCUGUUGCCAUGAUGACCAUUGGCGAGUUGAUUGGGUUUGUCACUCCUCUUCUGAUUGUCCUAUAUUGUACCUGGAAGACAGUUUUAUCACUGCAAGAUAAAUAUCCUGUGACUCAAGACCUUGGAGAGAAAAAGAAAGCCUUGAAGAUGAUUCUAACCUGUGCGGGAGUAUUCCUAAUUUGCUUUGCACCUUAUCACUUCAGUUUUCCUUUAGAUUUCUUGGUCAAGUCCAAUGAAAUUAAAAGCUGCCUAGCCAGAAAGGUGAUUCUAAUAUUUCAUUCUGUUGCCCUGUGUCUUGCUAGUCUGAAUUCCUGCCUUGACCCAGUUAUAUACUACUUCACCACUAAUGAGUUCAGAAGACGGCUUUCAAGACAAGAUUUGCAUGAUAGCAUCCAACUCCAUGCAAAAUCCUUUGUGAGCAACCAUACCACUUCCACCCUGACAACUGAGUUAUGCUAAAAAAUAAAAAUAACUGAAUGUGGUCGAAAUGCAAGUAUAUCAGAACACAUUUGCAAUACCCCAAGCCACUGGGAAGUAAUCACAGGAAGUAUUCACAGCUUUUCAGUUAUGCUCUAUGUUAUCUAUAUAAGGAAUUCACUUCUUCAUAACAGAACCAAUUUAGAGCAUUAUACUUCACCAUCAUUGAUGUUGACUCGUACAUGUAGUAAUUUGUCAUCAAGUAUUUAAGACAAACUAUAAAAUUUCAGUGACAUCCUAUAGACAUAUGCUCUCAAAUAAAAUCUGCAGUUUUAUCUGUGAACCUAAGACACAGAGAGACUGUUAGCUUGGGGUCAUAAUAAGGGCUUAGUUUUGUUACAAUGGACACUGAGUCUCUUUGUAUUUUAGAGGCAAUGUAGGUGUCUAUUUAUACUAGUAAUCACAGUUUACAUUGCAAUAUCAUAUUUUUGGUUGUAAUUUAAGUAGGAUGGACAAUAUAUUAUUCUGGGGAAACAAAAGUGUUAUAAACAUGGGACCAUUUUUACGUCUCACGUGUGAUUACACUCUCGGGUUUGAAGACUCAAAUAGCUAUUUCCUUCAUUUCAAUGUCAAUAUGAAGCAUCAUCUGUCAAGCCUAUUCCUAGAAUAAAAAUCUGAGCUCGAGCCUCUUGUAUGUUUAAAGUGAGAACAAGAGACAGAUUCACAUACAAUAACUCUCUGUGAUUAUAUAAGAUGCCAUAUUGAAUCUACCCAGGGCAGUUAGCUUGUCAAAGUCCAUACAAUGUGACCCGAAUUGCCUGUAUAAGUCCAGGAGACAGCAGAUAGGAGACAAUCACCAUUCUCAUUUUUUUAAACUAUUUCCAAAGAACACCCCUGGAGAUGUAUGGACCUGCCUAGAAGAGGAAGUUUCCACCAUGCUUCUAGAGUGACGUUGAGGUACCUCUGGCAGGUUACUGCACUUUCUGAGCCUAUGGAAGAAGUAGUGCACUAAUUAAUUAUUAAGCUUAGGCCAGAGUGGAAAGAUGAAGUAGAGUUGGAUACACCUCUUAAAAGCCCUGUCACAUUGUAUUUCUUACUUCAAGUUAGGUGGCAACUGUCAAGCCACCUUCGUAAGCCAGAGUAGGGUUUGGAGGCAGCCACGCAUGUGGACCCUGGAGUCUUUAGUAAUUUUUUUGGUCCAGCUUUGCCCCAGUCAUACCAUUCUGUGGCUUGCACGGUCUACCUCCCAGCAGCUGGGGAAGGUAAUUCUUUCACCUUUGGAGAAAAGUGCAGAAGAUUAAUUUUGGCAGCAUUGGACUGCCUUACAAUGCCUUGCCUGCUAUCUGUUUGCUACUAGUAUGCAGGAAACAGACCGAGGUUAUGAGUAGUAAUUAAGCCUGAGGUCUUAAAUAUUAGAAUACUUUGAAACAUGUUUUACCAAAAAGCUCUAACUUGAAAAAAAAUGCUCUAUUUAAAAUCUGUGUGCUAUAUGAUGAAGACACAUGCUACUUGUCAUCUGGAAGGAAUGUGAAAAUCAACCAAAGGCUCCAUCAUAUUUAGAGGAAGGGAGUUGUUUUAGGCACAUAGUUAUGAUACUAAUAUGUUUGGGGGAAACUGGUGAAAUCAAAAUUAAUUCUAAUGUCUAAGAUGAAUGGAAAUUUUUUCAAAUGUUUUCUCUGGACAAGUGUUGAUUUUGUUUGUACUUUGUUGUUAAAAUAAUGCCCUAUUAGAAGACUGAUUUUGUGCUGCUAGCAAUAGUAUAUCUAUUUAUCUCCUAAUUAUACAUUGUAAGGUACAUAUUUUGAUGUAUUAAAUGAAUGUUAAAUUGUGUUUUAAAAAGGGUAACUGUAACUGUGUCUGGUCUGUUUUCUUUGAAGUUGUGUUUGAAUAUAAUUUAGUGUUGUAAUGGGAUCACAAGUAACAAUUUUGUGGGUACUUGGAAGGGUCUUGUCUGUAUUAUAUGUGUUUACUAUUUUUAGAUUAGCAUGAAUUACACUUCUUAGGGGUCGUUUUGAGAGCCCAGUGAUUUAUUUUUAUUAGCAUAUUAAUUUCACUUUAAACAUAUUUUUUUUAAAGGGGAGAUGAUAUAUUUUCAGGAGAUUACUGAACUUCUUAGAAGAAUGGCUGAGGUUAAAGCCCAUUUAUUAGGCAGUCCAGAAGCCCUUGCAGAUCAUUUACAUCAUUCAAAGAGACAACAAGUGUCCACUAUUCUUAUGCUGCUUAGCUAGGACCACCCCUUCUCCUCAAGGCUGCCCAUCUAGGUUUGUAUUCAGUACUGUGAUUUACUUUAUCUACCCCUCCUCAUCACCAAUAUGUUUUGUUUUCUGUCCUAUUCCCUUGUUCUUCUAGUCAGUAAUCUGACCAAUUUAUUCACACUAAGGUGCUAAUGACUAAUGUUAGCUUAAAAUUAAUUUGCUAGGGAUAUCUGAAAUCUAGGCUUUAGGGAUAAGCCUUAACUCAAAAUGUUAAU